AUGAUAUUUGCUUUUUAUUGCUGUUGUUUUUGUUUUUGUUGUUUUUCUUCUUUUUUUAUAUUCGGAUACUUUCUUCCCUUUCUUUCUUUUUUAUCAGCUACUUUUGAUCGUCUUCUUUUUCUUUCUUUUUCUUAUCAUCAUUCUUUCUUUCUUUCUUUUUCUUUCUUCAAUCAGCUACUUUUGAUCAUCUUUUUCUUUCUUUUUCUUAUCAUUAUUCUUUCUUUCUUUCUUUUACCCUCUUUCACUACUUCAUUCGUUCUUUCUUCCUUUUUCUUUUCACUGCUUUUCUUCCUAUCUUUCUUCUUCUUCUUCUUCUUCUUCUUCUUCUUCUUCUUCUUCUUCUUCUUUUUAACUUUUCAUUUUCCGCCCUUUCACUUCUUCUUCCCGUUUUUUUUCCUUUUCUUCAUAUCUUUCUUCUUGUUCUUCUUCAUUUUUAAUUCCCUUUCAUUUCUCCCUUCUUCUUCUUCUUCUUCUUCUUCUUCUUCUUCUUUUUCUUCUUUAAUCUUCGCUUCUUCCUAUAUUCCAUACUCUAUGUUUCUAUGCCAUUUUGACCAUCUCUGUUUCCUUCCUAUUGAACGCGGGUCGAAGGAGUCUCUUAUAUGUGGCCAAUGUCGCUGUAUUUGCGUUUCAAAAGCAGGUCUUCUCAGCCACACGCGUAGUCAUCGCGAUGUCAACUAUCAAUAUGACAUGCCCGAUGGUCGUACAUGUACAAUCCGCCAUAAAAUGUGUCGAUCUGCCAGCAUCGAUCAUCUUCUUUUCAUUUUCUCUUUCUUUCUUUCUUUCUUUCUUUCUUUCUUUUUUCCAGCGAACGUCAUUAAUUCCUUUCUUUCGUUCUUUCUUUCUUUCGUGUUGUUAUUACUAUCUGUGUCCUUAUUUAUAUUUGUAAACGAUUAUUUUAUUUCCUUCGUAUCUUCAAAUGUGUUUUUAUUUCUUUCUUCUUUCCUUCCUUCAAUUCUUUCUUUUUUCUUUCUUUCUUUCUUUCUUUCUUUUUUUCUUUCUUUCGUAUAUUUUAUUUUAUCUUCCAUUUUCCUUUCAUUUAAUUGA